UGCUGUUUGCCGCGUUGUAGUUUGCCGCGUUAUAGUUUGCCGCGUUGUAGUGACGAUGAACACUUGUUCGUUUAGUUUGCCGCGUUGUUACUUUAUUGCGUUGUAGUUGCCGCGUUGUAGUUUGCCGCGUUAUAGUUUGCCGCGUUAUAGUGAAGUUGAACGCUUGUUCGCUUACCGUUCUUUUAGUUUGCCGCGUUGUUGGUUUAUCGCGUUGUAGCUUAAAAUUCAAGUCUUUGAAGUCGAGAGGCAGUUACUAUUCUCCAGGAUUCUUGCAAUUAAUGCAAUGAACCGAUUUCACGAAGAAGAUUCCAAUAAAGUCAAAAAAAGGCAUACAAGGAAGGGGAUUUCAUAUAAUGAGCUGAAUGAAACGAUGAAACGAAUACAUGAAGAAGAUUCCACUGGGUGCAAAAAAAGGCGUACAGAAAAAUGGGUUUCAGGUAUAAAGCAACUUCAUGAGAAAGGUUUGAAACAAGUGGACAUGUCAGUUUAUAAUAAUCCAAUUUCUUCAAAAAAUAGAAGUGUACAAAGGUGCAAUGUGGAAUCCCAAGGGUCCAGUACCUCGUCUGUUAUUUUCUCUCAUACUAAAGAGAUCUAUACAGAAUCACUGAAUUUUAAUAAGCGACAGUAUAUUCCUAGAUCAAUCAGCACGCGAUCUCAAAAAAUGGUGGAAAAGUGUACGAAGGAGCCUGUUUGUGUUCUGGUUCGCCUGAAUGAAAAAGUUUUAGCUAAGACUUUGUCUAAAGAUACCUCCCCCAGCACAGCUUCAGAUGAUCCUGCAUAUAUUCCAUCAGAAGAGUCUAGCACUGGUACAUCCAUUAUGAAUGACACUGAAACGCUACAGGCGUGUAAAGAUAAUACAAUAGAUUCAGAAGACCCACAUUCUUGUCAGCCAUUUACUGAGGCCAAAGAGGGGCAUAACAUAGGUGCAGGUGAAGCUGAUUUAAUAGCAGCGGCUGAUGAGCAAAUAUUUGUACUUGAAGAAAUGGCGCGGCAGAUCCCUGACGAGUCUAUGUGUGUACAGUCUCUUGCUAGAGAAUCUGAAUAUAUUACCACUCCGACAUUAGAUCCAAAUAAAAAAAUAAGAAUUGUGGACGACCAAAUCGUUCAUUUAGGCAGAGAGAUUAAACGUUCGAAUGUUCUGAAUGAAAGAUGCCCUAGCGCCGAUAUGCCAAGUGCAGAUGAGCUUACAUCAGUUCAUCUAAUACAAGAUAUCCAUAAAGUAGACCAAAGGAACAUCAAAGUGCUCCCAUCUAAGGGUGGGUGUAAGCAAUACUAUUGCUCCUACUGCAGCAAACUAGUAUGCAACUUUGGCCGUCAUAUUACAACAAAACAUGUGGAUGUAAAGGAAGUGUUGGAUGUUUUGAAGUUACCAAAAGGUCAUCCAGAGAGGCAUGCCAAAAUAGCGUUGAUAAGAGGAAAAUCACAAUUCAUGCACAACUCUGAUCAAAAUAUUAACACUGGUACCUUAAUAGUUAAAAGAAGGCCAAAUGAGGUAAAGGCAAGGGACUACAAACAUUAUAAACCAUGUCCUUCAUGCGGUGAAAUGUUUGCUAAGAUAUCCUUAAAAGUUCAUUUCGCAAAGUGUACUAAUAAUACGCUGAAAGCGACCGUACAAAAAAAUGUGUGCAGAGAAAGCAAAAAAGUGUUCAUGAAUAUCCACCAAAAAGCCAGUAAUCGUUUGGUGAGAGAUAUAUUAUCUUCUUGUAGGGAGGAUGAUAUAACUGCAAUUUUUGCUUUUGACGAGUUAUGUGUAUUAUAUGGAAAUAAAAUGUGUCGAAAAUAUCGAAAUAGCCACCAUGCGUCAAUGAUACGACAAAGGAUGAGGGAAAUGGGAAAAUUUAUGUAUGAAUUAAAUAAAAUCCAGCCACAUCUAAAGAGCCUACGAGAUAUGCUUGAUCCCAAAUAUUAUGAUGACAUAGUGAAUGUAAUAAACCACAUUGCAGGACUUGAUGAACGUACUGGGAAGUACAGAGCACCAUCUACUGCAUAUAAUUUGGGAUUACACAUAAAAUCUAUUUCGCUCCUUCUGGAAGCAGAGUGUAUAAAAGAACAAAAUACUGCAAAGAGAGAGGCGGUGAAGGAUUUAUUAUGUUUAAUAAAUGAAGGUUUCACAACUGACAUUAACAAAACUGUUGGAGAAAAUCAAUGUGAAUCUAAGAGACGUAAAAAAAUUGUUUUGCCUACUGCUGAAGAUAUUUUGGCUUUAAAAACUUUUUUAACUCGAGGUCUUGAAGAAGCAUAUAACUCUUUGUUGAUAGAGUAUACACCUAAAUGUUGGAGAGAUUUGGCAGGUUUAACCUUAACUUCUCUUCAAUUAUUUAAUAGAAGAAGAGCGGGGGAAUUGGAAAGGAUCGAAUUAUCGGACUACAAGACAUUUGAAUACGUCAAUGAAAAUGAUGACAGCCUCCAACAGCUUGAUGCAAGUGUUAAGGCAGUAGCAAGAAAUUAUGGUCGUUUUUUUAUUCGUGGAAAAUUAAAUCGGGCAGUACCAGUUAUUCUCAGCAGACAAUUAGUCAGCUACACAGAUAUGAUUGUGAAAUACAGGGAAGCAUAUGGAGUUCCAAAGGAAAAUCCAUACGUGUUUGGCAUACCUGGAAGGACUCACUUUACACAUUUGAGUGCCUGUGUUUUAAUAAGGAGGUACGCAAAAGCUUGUGGUGCACCAAACCCACAUACACUGAGAGGCACCGAGUUGCGAAAACAAAUUGCAACAGCGUGUUCAUUAUAUAAUUUAUCAGAUCCUUUAGUUGAGGAUAUGGCUAAUCAUUUAGGUCAUCACAUAGAUAUUCACAAAAAGAUAUACAGACAAUCUAUAGGUCGAGAAGUUCCCAACAUUGUAAACAUUUUAUUAAAGACUCUUGGAGAAGGCGAAGUUGAAGAAGACACGGAAGAAGAUUCUCGUGCCUUUGUUGGAAAUCAAAAUAAUGGAGACUCUUCGCCCAUUUUGUUGGAUGAUACCCAUUAUUAUGACACAUUUGGUGACAACUCUAACCCAAUUCACACGACAAAUAUGACAAUCUCUACACCGUCCAAUAUAUUGAAUAACUUUGAUAACUGUGCACCAAUUGACACGAUAAGUAUGAAAAAUGCGACAGUCUCUGCACCGUCUAAUGUUGCAUCUCACUUUGAUGACAACUUCGAACCAAUUCACACGACAAAAAAGAAAAAUACGACAAUCUCUACACCGUCCAAUACAUUGCACUUGUCAUCAAUUGACACGAUAAGUAAGAAAAAUGCGACAGUCUCUGCACCCUCUAAUGUUGCAUCUCACUUUGAUGACAACUUCGAACCAAUUCACACGACAAAAAAGAAAAAUACGACAAUCUCUACACCGUCCAAUACAUUGCACUUGUCAUCAAUUGACACGAUAAGUAAGAAAAAUGCGACAGUCUCUAGACCGUCUAAUGAUGCAUCUUACGACUCGAUAAAUACUUCCAUGUCCAAACGAACGUCAUGGUCAAAUGAAGAAAAGCAAGCUGUGAAUGAACAAUUUGAUCAUAUGAUUCAGUUUGGUGUUGUUCCGACUUACAAAGAAUGUAUGGAGUUAAAGGAACAAUACCCCUGCUUAGAAAAAAGGACUCCUCCUCAAAUAAAGUCUUACGUGGUAUACCAAACUAAGAAAAAAGAAACCGUAGGACAUUGUAGUCAGUUUAAAAGAGUCAGGUGGACCACUCCAGAAAGGAACUUGGUUUUCAGUGAAUUUAAAAGUUAUUUAGAGCAGAAGAACUUGCCAUCUUUACGAAAAUGUUCUGAAGUUAUAAGCAAGCAUCCUAUAUUAUCGUCGAGAACGCCCGAAGUGUUAAAAGCUUACAUUAACAAUCAAAAUAAAAAAAAAAAUUAA